AUGAGCGGCAUUGCCGAAGAUGUUGGGCUUGGCCCCCGAUCAUUGACACGCCCCAUAAGUCCUCCGAGGAAGAGACAAAAGGCGGACAACGAAAGGGACGCCAGGCCCAACCCUGUGCCGAAGAACGACGGGAGCGCCACAAAGAGCGGCUCCGGGAGCGAAACGGCAUCUGAGCCAGAUAUUGCCUCAAGAAGCAAAAACGCUCAGCAGCCGCGCCUAGAAUCACCUGGACAAGCUAUAUUCAGCUCCCCGUUUCGUCUCACUCGGAUUCGUGACCUCGGGGAAGAGGAUAAUGCUGAUGCGCUCGGCCUAAACGACAUCAUCGGUGAUCCGCUGAUUGCUGAAUGCUGGGACUUUAACUACCUCCAUGACAUCGAGUUCCUUCUCGAUGCCCUAGACCAAGACGUUCGCGACGUCGUCAAAGUGCAUGUGGUCCAUGGCUUUUGGAAGAAAGACGAUCCUAGCCGGAUCCUUCUUCAGGAUGAUGCCGAAAAGCACAAGAACGUUGUGCUACACACGGCCUUUCUCCCUGAGAUAUUUGGCACACAUCACUCCAAGAUGUUGGUCCUCUUGCGUCACGACGACACGGCGCAGGUCAUCAUCCACACCGCCAACAUGAUCCCGAAGGACUGGACCAAUAUGACCAACGGAAUAUGGCUCUCCCCUCGCCUUCCUCUUCUCCAAGGCCAGGAUCCUGCAGAUGCCAGCCAGUACGAAAAUUUGGCUGAGGGCACUGGCUACAAGUUCAAAAUAGAUCUGCUCAACUAUUUGAGGGCAUAUGAUGACAAACGAGUUGUCUGUCGAGACCUCGUAACAAACCUGGAAAAAUAUGAUUUUUCCUCCAUCCGCGGCACCCUCAUCGCCAGUGUGCCGGGACGACAUGAUUUUACCGACUUGUCAACCAGUGCUUGGGGGUGGGUAGCUAUCAAGAGGGCGCUUCGGUCUGUGCCGUUGCAAGUCGGUAAAUCUGAAGUGGUGACACAGAUCUCAUCCAUCGCAACGCUCGGCCCAACAGACACUUGGCUCCAAAGAACGCUCUUUGAGUCCAUGUGCCGAGGAAAGACCACGGGUGUUGCACCAAGGCCGCAAUUCAAGAUCAUUUUUCCUACUGCCGAUGAAAUUCGGCGCUCGUUAGAUGGCUACGGCUCGGGCGGUUCCAUACACACCAAAAUACAGUCGUCCCAACAGGCAAAGCAGUUGAUAUAUCAGAAACCCCUACUCUGCCAUUGGGCCAACGAUUCGCCGCACGGACAAGAUCUUGGUCAAAACAUCCCUAUUUUAGAUGCGGGCCGGAACCGAGCUGCACCGCACAUCAAGACGUACAUCAGAUACGGAGCUAAUUCUAUCGAUUGGGCGCUGCUGUCUUCAGCUAAUCUGUCAAAACAAGCAUGGGGCGAUGCGACCGGCGCGGGAAGUCAAACAAGGAUAUCAUCGUGGGAGAUAGGAGUGCUUGUGUGGCCCGAGUUGUUCGCCAAGGAUGCACUGAUGACCACAGUUGUAAAAAAAGACACGCCCUCGAGAGAAACGACGAAUCUAUGUCCGGGGCGUCCCGUGGUUGGCCUGCGUUCCCCAUACAGCCUGCCGGUACAGAAAUACGGAAACGGUGAAGUUCCUUGGGUGGCAACCUUGUCGUAUUCAGAGCCAGACUGGGCAGGCAACACUUGGUGA